CGUCUGACGUCUAACCAUGAACAGGAAGAGGGUGUCGGGUCAGUGAGGCGCACACUUCUCAGGGGGAAAUGGCAGAAACAAGCCUGGGUGCCUUCCGUGCGGUGAAGACCCUCCUCGGAAGUACAGCAGCUGGUUUUGUGUUUGGACAAGCUGCCUCAUAUGCAGUCAAGCCGUCUCUGACUGAAGACGUCACUCUGCUGAACGCUGCCAGUCGAGCUGCUGAACGUGCUGGUUCAACCGGUGUAGCGGUCGUGGCAGCAUGUUUCGUGUUUACAUCAGCACUCCUUUCUCUUGGACUGGGUUUUCUCUUCAGUGCCGUAGUGCUGAAGCUGUUCAAUAAAGCAGGUGUGACCCUGCCAUGGUUGAUAGGAACCAUGUCCGGGGCAUCAGUCGCAUUGGGUGCAGUCGUCACUGGAGGGUUGGAGGGUAUCAUACCACCUUGGAUCUACGUCAUGGUUCAGGGCGCUCUGGUUCUUAUCGUCUACUCAUAUUCCAACAUCAGUGACAUGACAACAGCUCUGUUAAUCAUCUUCACCACUCUGUACACCAGUGUUAUGUUUGGACGAUUGGGUGUCAUACUUGGGUUCUUCUGUGUGGGACUGAGCAUCAUUGUUCUCUUUGCUCUACGACAAACUCUAAUAGCAAAGUCACCGCCAAAACCAGAAUCUAAAACCAGGUGCAAAUUGUUGGAGAGAAUCUUCUUCUACUCUGUUUUUGUGGCAAUUUUGGGUUUUUUUGUUGGUUUGGGUUCAGGUGGGGCAGACGAAGGCACAAAAACACAAGUGAUUUUAAUGCUACAAUCUGUCCUUUGGGUGGGAUUUCUGUCUGUGGGACUGUUGGGGGCUGGCCUGGGAACUGUGGCCAUGGUUGGACUGGGGCCAGAGGUGGCUGGAAAUGUUGUUGUGGGAGUUGUGGUAAUAACAUCAAUAGCUUUGAAAGCUGUUGUACUUUUGAGCUCUGCUCUAGGACUGAGAAGCUGCUCCGGAGCAGCUUUGGGAGCAACUGCAGUUGCAGGAGUGUCACUGGGCGCUGCGAGUGUUGCAGCAAAGCAAACAUUUGGGUCUAGAAAUUCAACAUCGGUACUUUUAGGUUCCGUUAUCGUGGGUGUACUUGUAGCCCUCAAGGUUCCAGGACUGACAUCAACACAGCUGACAACCUCUGAACUGAUGACAGUGACAAUCACUGCAGUAGGGGCAUUUGUUUUGGGUGCGCCAAAAAGCCCAUUCCACACUGAGGUGAAUCUACAGCAAGGGCUUCUCACAGGAGCGGGGCUAAUUAAAGGAAUCGGCAUGGAGACGGUCACCGGAGCAGCGGCGCCUAUUGGAGCCGGCGCUCUGGGGGCCGCAGCAUUAGGCACGGCAGCUCUGGGGACGCUGGGGACCGUAGGAGUUUUGGUGGCUAUAGUGUUGGCUUUGGGAAGCGCUCUCAGUGGUAUGCUAGGAAAAUCACCAUCAACAACCAACACACACAGAGACUGAAUGUCGGCUGAGUUUACAUCCGUUUCUACAACUGGAAUUAAACGCCAGCAUUUUGCUGCUGCUGGUAUUUUUCCAACAAAGAAAAAUACCAAAUGAUAAUAUUUUUUGUUUUGUGUAGAUAUUUAGUAUUUGUGUGUCAUGAGAACCAUGUGGUUUUGUCCACCAGGAAACAUUGCUAUUUGUGUCCUUUUCAGGACAUAAAUUAUUUUCUGUAAAAUGAUGGAUAAUUAAUAAAAACACUUUUUCUGUCA